GCAGCCCCUCGGCCAAGUUCAGAUCUUAGAGGUGGAGUGAGAGAGGGAGAACACUUCCCUCUCCAGCAUCACAAACGGGGUGUGCUUCAUCGCCUAGUGGAGUGGAUGGAUGGAGGGGACAGGGUCAUGAAGGUAACCACAACCUUUGGGUUGGAUUUAGGGGGCUGUUACCGCAGAAGGAGCCUAUCCAUUAUUGAUAAUCCGCGGAAGAGCGAGCCGGAGAUCCUUGAACCGAAGCGCAACCAUCGGCGAGUCAUGUCCUCAACUGACAGCGCUUCCAGAGGAGCCGACGAAGAGGAUAAAGGAGGAUGAAGGAGGCAGGAGGCGAAGAGGCAGAGGAGGAUUAUAAUGAAGUUGAGUGGCAAAGGACUGUGCACCAUCGUCUCCAGCAGUCUGCUUUUCGUGUGCGCCUUGAGCGCCGUGGUCGUGGGAUUCAGAUGUAUUGCGCUGGGCUCCAGGGUGCGAGCGCACUUCCACCUGGGCGCCGCGGCCGGCGCGUUUUACUCGGGGAUCCUGGUGGCUUUCGGGCAGGUCCUGAUGUGGACGGCGCUGAUCUUUUGCCGGGGCAAGCCACAGUGUGGGAAUUUCUUUCUCUUUGGGAUCUUAGUGUUUCUUCUAGGGGUCCUGACGGCGUUCUCGGGCGCGGUGGUGGACGGCGACACGGUGUCGCUGGUGGAGAGGAAGUACGCGCACUAUUGCCUUGACUCCGUGGAUCUAAACCCGGCGUGCGACAGGCUUAAGGUUUACCAGAGGGGUCUGGUGGUUUCCACCAUCCUUAAUACUCUAGAGUGUCUCCUGGGGCUCUUAAACUUGGUGAUUAUUAAGCGCUACCAAACGGAGCGGAUUCACCGGAGACGCCGCGCGCAGAGGCGGAGCGCACAGACGAUUAUCCUCAACGAGGAGCGCGACUUCGCGGUCACUGAGUUCCAGCCGGUGUCCUACAUCAACCUGGGGGUGUUUCACGCUUUGGACGAGACUGACGGGGAGGCCCACGGCAGGGGCCACCCGUCCAUGGAGCUCCCUGGCUAUUCACCCGCGGAUCCGGAGCUUUCUUACCCACUUCGCAACGAGUUGCCACCCGCCUACGAGGACAUAUUUCCCGGAGAUACGUGUCACAAUUAGCGAACGAGCUGUUGAGAAUUGGGGGGAAAGUUGCUGUUUUGCAGUGACAAUCAAGCAUUUCUCACACUGAACUUUCAAUGGCAGUGCAAUGCAGAUUGGGAUGACAGGUUUAUAUUCUCCUGAUCAGCUAGACUAAUGUACUUUUUAUUCAGUGGAGGUUUCAGCGUUUGAAACAAUACUGGCAAUGAACUGUUGUCCCUAUAUGACAAGUUUGGCAUGCACAAUUCCCACUACUUACUAGGUCCUCGUGGUGGUGCAGUUACUCACCUCAAUCUGGG